AUGAUCGACGCAUUUGACGCGUGUUUUUCCCCUCUCAGACCUCUCCUGCAUGCCCCACUUUCGCGUGGCUGUCUAAAGUUCCCGUGCCCAGCCAGCCCCUCCGUUGGUCACGAGUGGCAGGCGGAAGCUGACGUGGAAGUGACAAUCACGGAGGGUGACACAGCAGUGGGCGUUAAGGCAGCAGACAAGGCAGUAGAAAGGGCAGCGGACAGCGCAGCAGCGCAGGAUGGCAAGACGCAACAAAGGGAGAAAAUGCUGCAGGGAUUUGCGGAAAAAGACUCAAGCCGGUCGUCCUGGCGUGGAUGUGCUGAUGUGGCGGGUGGGCGCGGGGGAGUGGGGCGGAUGGCGCGGGGGGAGCGGCAGCGCGUGGUGGAGGCGGCGCUGGAGACGACUGAGCAGGACAACGAGGCUGUGAUGGGGAAGAUCCGCGCCCGCCUGGAGAGGUGCGUGAGUCGGAUGGGGCAAGGACAACGACGCGGUGACGGGGAAGAUGUGGGCCCGCCUGGAGAGGUGCGUGGGGGAGGAACAGGGGCGUGGGGUUGGGGAGGGUCGCAUGACAGGGAGGCACAGGCGCUGGGGCUGAGUGAGCAGGGCAAGGAGGCGGUGAUGGGGAAGGUUCGCGUGCAGCUGGAGAUUGCCACUGCUCUGACCACCCGCGGUGUGGAUACGCUCCCUCUUUCUCCCUCUCGCUCCUUCCCCAACCAACCCGCCUUCUUCCCAUGCGCUCCCACCUCCCAGUCAAUGCUGCGCAGCAUGCGUCUGCUGCCAGACAAGAGGCGUCGUUUCCCCAUCCUCCACGGCUGCAGUGGUGUGCUCAAGCCGGGCAGAAUGACGCUUCUCCUGGGCUCUCCUGGCGCGGGGAAGACCACCCUCAUGACCGCCCUAGCAGGCCACCUGGAUAGACACCUGAAGCUCACUGGCUCCAUCACGUACAACGGGCAGCAGCUGAAAGAUUUCAACCCUGCCCGGACGGCAUCCUAUGUGCCGGAGUGUGACGAGCACAUAGGCGAGAUGACCGUGAGGGAGACAAUGGACUUUUCCGCGCAGCUGCAAGGGAGGGGACCCUUCCGAGUGCUGGUGGAGGAGUUGGAGAAGAGGGAGAAGGAGAUGGGAGUGGAGCCGGAUGCAACAACAACACUGCUCAUGAAGGCCAUGGCAGUGGAGGCCAAUCCGUCCAAUAUGGUCACCAACUACGUGCUCCAGCUGUUGGGGCUGGGCAUCUGUGCGGACACGGUGGUGGGCAACGCUCUCGUGCGCGGCAUCUCGGGCGGCCAGAAGAAACGCCUCACCACAGGAGAGGAGCUGGUGGGCAUGCGGCAAGUGCUGCUGAUGGACGAGAUCAGCACGGGUCUUGACUCCUCCACCACCUUCCUCAUUGCCCGCUGCCUGCGCCAUCUCACCCACUCACUCUGCACCACCACGCUCAUCGCGCUGCUGCAGCCCGCCCCCGAGACCUUUGCACUCUUUGACGACGUGCUGCUGCUGGCGGAGGGGCACGUGGUGUACCACGGGCCCCGGGAGGGCGUCAUGGGGCUGUUCCGCUCCCUGGGGUUUGAUUGCCCUCCUAGGAAAGGAAUCGCAGAUUUCCUGCUGGAGGUGACGUCAGCCAAGGACCAGGCACAGUAUUGGGUGGAUAAGUCGCAGCCUCACGAGUUCAUGGCAGCGGGGGACAUGGCUGCUGCCUUCCGCCACUCCGCACUCGGCAAGCAGCGACAGGAUGAGUUGGCAACCCCCUUCCAGCCAACAGAGUCGUCCAUGUCAGCACUGGAAACGGCCCCCUAUGCUCUCUCGCCCACUCAGAUGCUGACAGCUGUCUUUGCCCGGGAAUGGCUACUGAUGCGGCGCAACGCGCUGCUCUACAUGGCCCUCAUCAUGCAGCAUGCGCGCAGCUGUCACAUCACAUACAUGGAUUGCGUCAUGCACGUGUGUACGGGGAAGGAUCACUUCUUUCACCACCACCCAGCCCUCCUCUCCCUCCUCAAUUAUCAACUGCCUUUCUACUUUGACAGCUGCACCCCUUUCCAUCCUUCCACCCCUCUCCACCCCUUUUUACCCCUCUCCACCCCUCUCCUCCCCUCUCCACCCUUCUUCACCGCUCUCCAUCAGGUGAUAUUCACGAGCCUGAUGUCGUCGACAGUGUUCCUGUACACGCAGAGGGCCAUAACAGCCAAGGACGGCAACAUCUACCUGGGAGUGCUCUUCCUGGGCAUCACCAUGAUGCUCUUCAACGCCUUCUUUGAGCUCCUCCUCUUCACGCUCCGCCUUCCAAUAUUCUUCAAGCAGAGGAACACGCGUCUGUACCCCGCGUGGGCCUGGGUGCUGCCCAUGGCUGUGCUGUCGCUGCCGCUGUCGGCCGUGGUGGCGGCGCUGUGGACGGCUGGCACGUACUUUCUUGUUGGGUUUGCUCCGGAAGCUGGCAGGUUCUUCAUUCAGCUGCUCAUAUUCUUCCUCAUCCACCAGACGGGAGUGGCUCUCUUUCGCCUGCUGGGGGCGGUGGGUCGCAACCUCGUGGUCUCCAUCACCCUCGGCAACUUUGCCUUCAUUAUCCUCUUCCUCCUCGGCGGCUUCAUUGUCUCCAAAGACGACAUCCAGCCGUGGUUCAUCUGGGCCUACUGGAUGUCGCCCAUCACCUACACGCAGAACGCCCUCUCAGUCAACGAGCUCCUCGCACCCAGGUGGCAGAAGGUGAGGGGCGUGCCAGGUGGCAGAAUGGGAGGGGCGUGCCAGGUGGCAGAAGGGGAGGGGCGUGCCAGGUGGCAGAAGGUGAGGGGCGUGCCAGGUGGCAGAAGGGGAGGGGCGUGCCAGGUGGCAGAAGGUGAGUGGUGUGCCAGGCGGAGGGGAAGUGAGGGGGCUCCCAACGGGGUGUGGAUCGGUGUGUCCACAGCACCACUAAUUCCCAACUCCACGGUGGGCCUGGUGGUGUUGGAGGGGAGGGGCCUCCCCACGGAGAGCAAGUGGGUGUUGAUCGGCGUGCUGGCGCUCAUCGGCUUCACUCUCCUCCUCAACGCCCUCGUUGUCGUUGCCCUCUCCGUCCUCCACCGUCAGUGCUGCUGCAUACAUGCCCUAUUGCUGCUCUUGCUUGUCGCCCCAAUGCGCGCUCCAUACUCCACUCUCAGUGCUGCUGCUGCAUGCCCCACUGCUGCUUUUUAUUGUUGCCCCAUGCCCCUCCACCCUCCACUGCUUUGUUUCUUAAAAUCCUCACUGGAUUCUCCUCCUUCAAAACCUGCUCCACCUUGUCAAAGUUUGAUACUGACUCUUUUGAAAACCUUCCCCCUUUUCCUCUCCGUUCCCUCUCUUCACUUCAGAACUCCCUGUUCCCUCCCCACAACCCAUGUUCACUGCUCUUCCUUCUCCACCCAGCCCACCAACUCCCACAUAACUCCUACCCCUCUCAUCAACCCCAUACAUACCAUGCCACGUCAUCAUCCCACAUCAGCAUGGGCCAAGGACCAGCCAGUAACAGAAGAACAGCUGGACGCCAGAAUAGAGGCAGCAGUGGGUCUCACAGCUGCCACAGCCACCAGCAGGCGCCUCUCGAAGCACUACAGCACUGGCAGCCGGCGCAAUUCAGAGAGUCAUGGCAGGGGGGGGGGCAUGGAUGGGGAUGCGAUGCCGAUCAGCAUCAGCAUCAGCAUCACGCGCAGCCAGUCGGGGCAAAGCGCCCGCUCUGUUGGGUCGCGCAGUGGUGGCGCCCUCGAACGGUACUGUGAGCGAGUCUCAUCGUCUCACUCCAUGGGACACACAAUCGAGCCCUCCCUGUCCCAGGACCUCUCUGUGCCGCCCACCACCACUCGCGGCAUGGUGCUCCCCUUCCUCCCCCUCCCCGUCGCCUUCCACAACGUGUGCUACUGGGUCGACAUGCCGCCCGCCAUGCGCUCCCAUGCUGCCCACGCCGCCGGCAACUCUGCCACCCGCCUGCAGCUGCUGAGAAACGUCUCGGGGGCGUUCCGGCCGAAAGUGCUCACCGCGCUGGUGGGGGUGACAGGCGCGGGGAAAACAACCCUUAUGGAUGUGCUAGCAGGGAGGAAGACCGGGGGGUAUAUAGAGGGAGAUGUGAUGGUGGCUGGGCACCCGAAGGUCCAUGAGACGUUUGCACGCGUGUCGGGGUACUGUGAGCAGAGCGACAUUCACUCGCCGCAGGUCACGGUGUAUGAGAGCCUGCUGUUCUCCGCGUGGCUGCGACUUCCCAGGGACAUCGACAGAGACGUGCGGGAGGAGUUUGUGGAGGAGGUGAUGGAGCUGGUGGAGCUGGACGUGCUUAGGGGCGCGCUGGUGGGGCUGCCUGGGGUGAACGGGCUCAGCACGGAGCAGAGGAAGCGCCUCACCAUCGGAGUCGAGCUCGUGGCCAACCCCUCCAUCAUCUUCAUGGAUGAACCCACCUCAGGUGCUGCUGGGAGCUUGUGGCCAUCCCUCCGUCAUCUUCAUGGAUGGACCCGCCUCAGGUCUGAAUGCAAGGGCAGCGGCCAUGGGAUGUGGCGGUUGUUGCAGCGCCUUCAGGAUUCCUGUCCCUACCUUCUUUUUCCCCUCACUCUACUCCCGCCCUCUUCCCCCUACUGGCCUCCUUCCGCUGCUACUCCCCUCCUCUCCCUCCUACUGCCCUUCUCCCCAUCCCACAUCUCUUCCUCUUUUUCCCUCCCCCCCUUCUUCAGGUAUGCAUGCGAGGCAGCAGUCAUAGUGAUGUGCAACGCAGUGGAGGCGCAUCAGCCGCAAAAGCUCCCACUCCUCCCCUCCUCCCACCCACCCAUACGUCAGGUUUGGAUGUCUGGAUGCGAGGGCAGCAGCACAGUGCGCAACACGGUGGACACCACCUCAAGACCUCCCAUUCCUCUCUGCCUUCCCGCCGUGACGCCGUCAGGUCUGGAUGCGAGGGCAGCAGCCAUUGUGAUGCGAACGGUGCGCAAUACGGUGGAUACGGGGCGCACUGUAGUGUGCACCAUUCACCAGCCCUCCACCGACAUCUUUGAAGCCUUUGACGAGGAGAUACCCAGCCCCUCCUUAGGCCCUCUCUCCCCACCGCGCCAAGCCAUACCCAGCCGGCAUACAGCCCUGAUGGUUGCAUUGCAACCCCGCCACAUGGAUUCUGGAGGUCGCUUCACCUCUCUCCACCCUCCCUCCCUCGACCCAUCACCAUGCCAAGCGACACACGGGCUGUGCCCUAUCUCUGACGUUCACAGCCAUUCUAACGCUCCUUUCCCUCCUCCCCACAACCGGCCACCACGCCAGGCCAUACCCGGCGUGCAGCCCAUCCCUGACGGCUACAACCCCGCCACGUGGGUGCUCGAGGCCGUACCCGGCGUGCAGCCCAUCCCUGAUGGUUACAACCCCGCCACGUGGAUGCUUGAGGUCACGGCGCCCGCUGCUGCUGAGAGCAUUGGGGCUGACUUUGCAGAGAUCUUCAGGAAUUCGCAGCUGUUCAGGGACAACGAGGCGCUGGUAUCGUCGCUCUCCACGCCCCCGCCCGGCUGGGCGCCGCUGCACUUCCACUUUUCCCUACACCCCCCCCCUGCAGCGCACUCGAUCCAUCCCCCCGCCUCAUCCAGCCUCCGAUCUCCUUCCUCCUCUUCCCCCCGCCCCUCCCCCCACCAACCCACCUGCAGGGACAACGAGGCACUGAUAGCCUCUCUUUCCGCCCCGCCUCCCAACACAGCGCCUCUCCACUUCCCCACGCGCUACUCCACCUCCUUCCUCACGCAAUUCCUUGCCAACUUCUGGAAGCGUGCUCUCAUGUACUGGCGAGCCCCCGACUUCAACGCCGUCCGCUUCUUCCUCGCUGUCUGCAUCUCCCUCCUCAUGGGAGCCGUCAUGUUCGGGUUCGGCCACUACCACUCUACGCAGCAGGAGGUGCUGAACGUGAUGGGCGCGCUUUAUGUCACGUCGCUGCUCAUGGGGUGGAAUGCUGCAACAUCCCUCCAGCCCAUGCUGUGUACCGAACGCACAGUGUUUUACAGGGAGCGAGCCGCUGGGUUGUACGGGUCGCUUCCGUACGCGCUAGCGCAGGGGGCGAUCGAGACGCCAUAUGUGGUGGUGGAGACGUUGCUGUUCUGCGUGAUCACCUACGCGCUGCUCGAGCUGGAGUGGACGGCCGGCAAGUUUUGGUUGUACUGCGCGUUCAUCUGCCUGACGCUGCUGUGCUUUGCGAGCUUCGGCAUGAUGGCGGUGGCCAUCACGCCCAAUGAGCUGCUAGCUGUAGUGCUCAGCGGGUUCUUUGUGAUGCUCUGGAACCUCAUGUGCGGCUUCCUCAUCCCCAAGCCGGUCCAUUUCAUCUCCUUCAAGGUGCGUUUCAUCUCCUCUCAGGUCCGUGUCAUCACCUCUCAGGUCCGUGUCAUCACCUCUCAGGUCCGUGUCAUAUCCUCACAGGCCCGUUUCAACUCCUCCCAGGUCCGUUUCAUCUUCUCCCAGGUUCAUCUUAUCUCCUCCCAGGUCCGUGUCAUUCUCAGGUCCGUAUCAUCUCCUGUCAGGUCCAUAUCAUCUCCUGUCAGGCGCAUGCGCCCUCUAUCUAAACCCAUCUCCAUGCGCCCCAUUCUCCAGCUGGGGAGUGUUCAGGACCACCUCACAGCGCCAGGCUAUCCACUGGGAAACGUUCAGGACUUGCUCACAAUACCAGGCUACCCAGUGAAGGUCACGGUGCAGCAGUUUCUAGACCUGUAUCUCGGUUACCAGGAGCAGUGGGUUGGUUACGCCAGCCUCAUCCUCGUUGCCUUCUCCGCGCUCUUCUUUGUCGUCUUUGCCGUCGCACUCAAAGUCAUCAACUUCCAAAAACGCUAG